AUGCAUCUUUGUCUCAGAAGCAACAACAUCAGAGCUGUGAAGCACUGAAAUCUCCUCGCUGCUGAGCUGAAACUCCCAAAAGACGCGGUUCGACUUAGAGCGCCCGUCUGACCCGGAGCCCAACAACAAACCGGAAUAAAAAGAGAUUUCUUCACCAAUAUUCGUCCAGAGCUUCAAGACCAGGUUCAGAUUGACUCCACCCAGGGCUCAACAUGUCCGUUGACCCCGCGGUUGAGCUGCCCUUCUUCUACGGCAGCAUCAGUCGCUUGGAUGCCGAGCAGCACCUGAAGCUGGCCGGCAUGUCGGACGGCCUCUUCCUGCUGAGACAGUGCCUCCGCAGCCUGGGAGGCUACGUCCUGUCUGUGGUCUGGAACCUGGAGUUUCACCACUACUCGAUAGAGAAACAAAUGAACGGGACUUACUGCAUCCCCGGAGGGAAGCCUCACUGCGGCCCUGGGGAGCUCUGCGAGUUUUACAGCAAGGACCCCGACGGGCUGGUGUGUCUCCUGAAGAAGCCAUGUCUGCGUCCUCCGGAGAUGCCCAUAAAGAUCGGCGUUUUCGACAAAAUGAGGGAGAACAUGCUGAGGGAGUACGUCAAGCAGACCUGGAACCUGGAGGGAGAAGCCAUGGAGCAGGCUGUCAUCAGUCAGGCUCCUCAGCUUGAGAAGCUUAUCGCCACCACCGCCCAUGAGCAGAUGCCCUGGUAUCACGGAAAAAUCACUCGACAGGAAGGGGAGAGGAGGCUUUACUCUGGAGCACAGCCAGACGGCAAGUUUCUUGUCAGAGACAGAGAACAGGCUAAUUCGUUUGCUCUCUCUCUGACGUACGGGAAAACGGCUUACCACUAUCAGAUCCAGCAGGACAAAUCAGGGAAGUUGGCUAUGCCAGAGGGAACAAAGUUUGACACGCUGUGGCAGCUGGUCGAGUAUCUGAAGAUGAAGCCUGAUGGUCUGGUAACUGUCCUGGGGGAGGCCUGCGUCAACGGCAAAACUGUAGAACAGAAACCCAGUGUUCCUUCAGAAAGGAAAAUUAGAAUUCGAGUGAAUCCAUACACACCACCACCUGGAGCUGCUGCGAUGGCCUCAAAGUCAGCUACUUCUAUGCCUAAAGAGCGCGACCUUCUGCCCAUGGAUUGUGAUGGAUUUAACCCGUAUCACAACCCGAAUGAGAUCAAGAAAUUCAACAUCCAGCGGGACCAGCUGAUCAUGGACGAGGUGGAGCUCGGCUCAGGAAACUUUGGCUGUGUCAAGAAGGGAGUCCUCAGGACAGAAUCAGGCCAGGUAGACGUGGCCAUCAAGGUGCUGAAGAGUGAAAAUGAAAAGCUGGUGAGGGAUGAGAUGAUGAGGGAAGCAGAGAUCAUGCACCAGCUGGACAACCCGUUCAUCGUCCGCAUGCUGGGUCUGUGCAACGCGGAGCACCUGAUGCUCGUCAUGGAGAUGGCUGCAGCCGGUCCCCUUAACAAGUUCCUCUCCUCCAAAAAGGAAACUGUGUCUGUGGAGGACAUUGUCAACCUGAUGCACCAGGUAUCGAUGGGGAUGAAGUAUUUGGAGGAGAAGAACUUUGUGCACAGAGAUCUGGCAGCUCGCAACGUCCUGCUGGUCAACCAGCAGUUCGCCAAAAUCAGUGACUUUGGGCUUUCCAAGGCACUGGGAGCAGAUGACAACUACUACAAAGCUCGUACAGCAGGUAAAUGGCCACUGAAAUGGUACGCUCCAGAAUGUAUAAACUUCCACAAAUUCUCCAGUAAAAGUGACGUGUGGAGCUUUGGCGUCACCAUGUGGGAAGCGUUCUCCUACGGAGGAAAACCCUACAAGAAAAUGAAAGGUCAGGAGGUCACGGCCUUCAUUAACAGCGGGGGCCGCAUGGAGCGUCCGCCAGUGUGUCCAGAGAGGAUGUACACACUGAUGAGAGAGUGCUGGACAGAGUCCCUCGAGGAUCGCCCCGACUUCAAGAAGGUCGAGGAGUCCAUGAGGACUUAUCAUUACUCCAUAUCCAGCAAGGCCAAGCUUACUGGGGCCGGAGCUGCUGCCAUGCCUAGCAAGUAGACAGGAAGACAGGCGCAUUCUGUCCCACUGCUGCACAAAGCAUCUUUUCAACCAAGCGUUAAACUACUAAAACAAAGGGCAUUUCAUGAGUGGUGCAUAAUGAUGAGCUUUGAAUGCCGAGCAAAUACAGCUAAAUGGGCCUCAUUGACAAUAAAUGUGCAUUUGUAAAUUGUUCCUGGGUGUUUCAGCUGUUUAAGGAGGGUUGCUGUAGGUUCGUGUGUCUGUCAUGGUCUGAAUGUUCAGAGUGUUUGCGUCAAUGACAAAACUAAUUCUGUAUUCUGGUAUUUCUAGACUGUAAUGGGACUCUAUGGCACAUGAAGAAGUUUUUUUUUUUUCUUAAAGCAGUUUGUCUAUUUUUAUGCCAAAUAAAGUGAAACU